AUGAAACUUUACGCUAAUGUAUUGAGCGUGGCUGCUCUUGUAGCAGCCUUUGCUCCAACUGCUAUUGAAGCUCAGAAAGGGGGCAAGACUGUCAAAGCCAACCUUGGUCUCUGUUAUGCCCAAGCCGCUUGUGUUGAUUUCAAAGUGAGCAAGGCCGCCGAUGGUUCUUGUGCCGCGUCUGGUACUUGCGGGAUUGAGGUUUGCAUGGUCUUGGACACCACCACUCCUGGAUGUCCCAAGGAUGGCUCCAUCAGUCACUUGUGUGCUGCCAGUGAUGGCGAUGGUUGCGCCGCUUAUGCUCCUGAUGGUCUCACUCCUCUAACCGGAAAGGGAAGCUCUACUGAUUGUUUGAGUACCACCUUUGAUGGAAAGUGCGAACCCGAAACUCAAGGAAGUCCAACCCGUAUUGAAAUGUGUCAAACUGCCGAGCCUGGACAAACCGUCUACUGGGCUCUCAAGGACUCUGAUGUUGAAGACAUCGGAUACUAUGACUACUCUGCAAGCGCUAACUACACCUAUGCCGCUGAUGAUGGUACCGAUUGUUACUCUCCCAAGAUUGCCUGCUUUGGAAACUCUACCUUGUCCUGUGCUGACCCAAAGAACGACAUGCACUUGUCUUCUCGUGUCUGGUCUUAUGAGAUCCCUGCCAAUGAUGGUACCUCAUGUGACUUGUGCGACAAUGGUGGAACUGUACCAGCUGUGGAACCAUCUAGUCCUUCUGAACCAGCCUCUUCUCCAUCCAGUCCCACGGAGCCUACUGAAACAGUUGGAACUACCAAUGAAGACGGAACUAUUGUGAUCGAAGACACUGAUACCGCUGCAGUAUCCAAAGGCAAAAAGAAUAGUGAUACUUCUGAUGCUGAGACAACCGAUGCUGACACUACCUCGGGUGGUGGUGGUGGUGGUGGUGCACCAAAGGCCAACCUCGGUCUUUGUUAUGCCCAAGCUUCCUGUAUCGAAUUCAGCAUCCAAAAGCGCGAUUCCACUGCUUGUGCUCUCACUGGAGAUUGUGCCAUUGAAGUCUGCAUGGUCUUGGAUACUACCAUGGAAGGUUGUGCCAAGGAAGGACCCAUCAGUCACUUGUGUGCUGCUAGCGAUGGCCAAGGAUGUGCUGCUUAUGAUACCGAUGGCCUCACUCCUUUGACAGGAAAGGGAGGUUCAGACGUCUGUGAUCUUUCCGGAGCUGAUGGCACUGCCGCCUUUGAUGGAAAGUGCGAACCUUCCGAACAUCAAACCAAGAUUACCAUGUGUCAAGAGGCCGAGCCUGGACAGACUGUCUACUGGGCUCUCAAGGAUUCUCAAGUGCAAGAUACUGGAUAUUAUGACUACUCUGCCAGCUCCAACUUUACCUACCCUGCUGAAGAUGGAUCCGGUGACUGUUAUUCUCCCAAGAUUGCUUGCUUUGGAAACACUACCUUGAAGUGUGCUGAUCCUAAUGGUGACAUGCACUUGAACACUCGUGUUUGGUCUUACGAGAUCCCAUCCAACGAUGGAAGCUCUUGUGAUUUGUGCGAUGCUCCUUCGCCAUCUGAACCAAGCUCGCCAACUGAGCCUUCUUCACCAAGCUCUCCAACCGAGCCAAGUUCUCCAACUGAGCCUUCUUCACCAACUGAGCCUAGCUCUCCAACCGAGCCAAGUUCUCCAAGUGAGCCAUCUUCACCAACCGAACCAAGCUCUCCAACUGAACCAAGCUCACCAACCGAGCCUUCUUCACCAACUGAACCAAGCUCUCCAACUGAGCCAAGCUCUCCAACCGAACCAAGUUCGCCAACUGAGCCAUCUUCACCAACCGAACCAAGUUCGCCAACUGAGCCAUCUUCACCAACCGAACCAAGCUCUCCAACCGAGCCUUCUUCGCCAACCGAACCUAGCUCUCCAACUGAGCCAAGCUCGCCAACCGAACCAAGCUCUCCAACUGAGCCAAGCUCGCCAACCGAGCCUUCUUCACCAACUGAACCUAGCUCUCCAACCGAGCCAAGUUCUCCAAGUGAGCCAUCUUCACCAACCGAACCAAGUUCUCCAACCGAGCCUUCUUCGCCAACCGAACCAAGCUCUCCAAGUGAGCCAAGCUCACCAACCGAGCCUUCUUCACCAACCGAACCAAGCUCUCCAACCGAGCCAAGUUCUCCAACCGAGCCUUCCUCGCCAACUGAACCAAGCUCACCAACCGAGCCUUCUUCACCAACCGAACCAAGCUCUCCAAGUGAGCCAAGCUCACCAACCGAGCCUUCUUCACCAACCGAACCAAGCUCACCAACCGAGCCUUCUUCACCAACUGAACCAAGCUCACCAACCGAGCCAAGUUCUCCAAGUGAGCCAUCUUCACCAACCGAACCAAGUUCUCCAAGUGAGCCAUCUUCACCAACCGAACCAAGCUCUCCAACUGAACCAAGCUCUCCAACUGAACCAAGCUCACCAACCGAGCCUUCUUCACCAACUGAACCAAGCUCUCCAACCGAGCCAAGUUCUCCAAGUGAACCAUCUUCGCCAACCGAACCAAGCUCUCCAACCGAGCCAUCUUCUCCAACUGAACCAAGCUCACCAACCGAGCC